AUGGAAAAUAAUCUGUUGCUUUGUAUUUUAGUAUUGAUUCCUACCUUUGCAUCCUCAGACUUAUUGCUAGCACAUGUCAGCAGCAUCGAGAAGCAAAAUGCUGAUAAUGACUUGGUUGUCAAUGGGAUGGAAAUCUAUAGCAUGAAAAUUGAUAGUAAAGUGACUUCCCGCUUUGCACACAAUGUCAUCACCAGCCGAGCUGUCAAUCGUGGAAAUGUGUCCAAAGAAGUCUUCUUUGAUGUUGAACUCCCUAAGACAGCCUUCAUUACCAACUUCAGCAUGACAAUUGAUGGUGUCACCUAUCCUGGAACUAUAAAGGAAAAAGAAGCUGCAAAAAAGCAAUAUGAGAAGGCUGUUUCAAGAGGACAGACUGCUGGUCUUGUCAAAGCUUCAGGAAGAAAAACAGAAAAAUUCACUGUCUCAGUCAACAUUAAAGCAGCCAGUAAAGUCACUUUUGAACUCACAUAUGAGGAACUGCUGAAGCGACAGUUUGGAAAAUAUGAAAUGUUCAUCAAAGUAAAACCAAAGCAGCUUGUCAAAGAUUUUGAGAUUGAAGUAGAUAUCUUUGAGCCCCAGGGUAUCACUGAGCUGGAAGCAGAAGGAACAUUCAUCACCAAUGAGCUACAAAAUACCAUUAAAAAAACUUUUUCAGGAAAAAAGGGCCAUAUAUCUUUCAAGCCAACCCUUGACCAGCAGCGAAGGUGUCCAAGUUGCUCAGAGUCUGUCUUGGAUGGGGAUUUUACUGUAAGAUAUGAUGUGAAGAGAACAACUCCAGAUAAUUUGCAGAUUGUCAAUGGCUAUUUUGUACACUUCUUUGCACCAACAAAUCUUCCGAAGUUGUCCAAGAAUAUUAUUUUUGUAUUGGAUACUAGUGGCUCAAUGUCUGGAAGAGAAAUAGCACAAACAAAAGAAGCACUGCUAAAAAUCCUAGAUGACAUUAAAGAAGAUGACUUCUUCAAUUUCAUAUUAUUUGAUAGUGAAAUAUCUACCUGGAAAGAAACAUUAAUCAAGGCCACUCCUGAGAAUCUGGAUGAAGCAAGGAAGUUUGUUCGGCAAAUUUCUGCUCAAGGCCUGACAAAUUUACAUGGUGGUUUGAUGAGAGGAAUUGAUAUUCUGAAUGCUGCUCAUGAAGAAAACCUUGUGCCCAAGAGAAGCGCUUCUAUAAUUAUCAUGUUAACAGAUGGUCAGCCAAAUGUAGGUGUAUCAAAUACUCAGGAGAUUGAGAAAGCAGUGAAGAAAGCCAUUGAUGGCAGAUACACCUUAUACAAUCUUGGCUUUGGCAGUGGUGUUGACUACGGCUUCUUGGAGAGGAUGGCACUGGAGAAUAAAGGACUGGCCCGUCGGAUUUACCCUGACUCUGACACAGCUUUGCAGCUUCAGGGGUUUUAUGAUGAGGUGUCAAAUCCCAUGCUCAUAGAUGUGGAGUUAAACUACCCAGAAAAUGAAAUAUCAGACCUAACUACUAACAGCUUCAAGCAUUUCUAUGAUGGGUCUGAGAUUGUGGUGGCUGGGCGCUUUGUAGACAGCAACCAAAACCAUUUGUCUGUAGAUGUAAGAGCUGAAGGUGCUCAGGACGCCCUGUCGUACACUACACAGCAAGGAGCUGAGCAGACAGCUCAGGCUUUCCAAGAACAACAAUACAUAUUUGGAGAGUACAUUGAAAGGCUCUGGGCUUAUCUUACCAUUGAACAACUCUUGGAAAAACGCAUCACAGCCACAGGAGAAGAAAAGGAAAACCUUACAGCUCAAGCCCUGGCUCUCUCACUAAGGUACAAGUUUGUAACACCACUGACAUCCAUGGUGGUAACAAAACCAGAAGAAAAUGAAGAGGGGAUUGCUGAUAAACCCACUGAAGGUAUAGACAUCUUCACAAUUAAAUUUAUACAUAAUUACAAGAUUUUUGGGUCGGUUUUGGAAGGAGGAAGGAAUGAAGUGGCUUCACCACUCUAUCACACAUAUGCAUCACCACCCACAUGGUAUACCAGCGUUGAUGGAGAUCCACACUUCAUUAUAUCAGUGCCACAAAAAAAAGAUGCCAUUUGUUUCAAUAUCAAUGAAAAGCCUGGCAUGAUCUUAAAUUUGAUAAAUGACCCAGUUACAGGCAUCACAGUCAAUGGAGAACUUAUUGGUGAUAAGAGAGCAAAUAGUGAUGCAAAGAUCCAAAACUCAUAUUUUGGAAAACUUGGUAUUGCAAAUAAGCACCUGGACGUAAAGCUGACAGUAACUCCUGAGAGGAUCACAAUUGAGAAUGGUGAUGAAAAAACUGGUUUCACCUGGCUGGACUCAGCCACCUUGCAACAAGCAGGUUUAACUUUGAUAAUUAACAGGAAAAAAAAUCUGGUGCUCUCAAUGGGCAGUGGUGCCUCAUUUGUUGUUGUUUUGCACCAAGUGUGGAAGAAACAUCCUCUCCACCAAGAUUUCCUGGGACUGUAUACAUUGAAAAGUGAUAAAUUGUCUGAACAGACCCAUGGAUUAUUAGGACAGUUUUUCCAGCCCAUUGACUUCACUAUACUUGAAAUUCAUCCUGGCUCUGAUCCCAAGAAACCAGAUGCCACAAUGAUUGUUAAGAACAAUGAACUGACAGUAACAAGGGGCUGGCAGAAGGAUUACAGAAGAGAUCCUACACAUGGAGUUGAUAUUCCUUGCUGGUUUGUCCAUGACAAUGGAGCUGGGCUGAUAGAUGGUGUUCACACGGAUUAUAUUGUUUCCAGUCUCUUCUAA